AUGUAUGUGUCUGAUGAGAACAUGCACUUCACACAACCUGGGACACCCAUUAGGCUCGAGGUCCAGGUGCUCGUGUGCACCCUCGCUACCAGCCUUGAGAGAGUUCCAGUGCCGUUUUAUACAAUGGACAACGUGGCUCGAUAUGUAUCUGUCCAGCUUACGAGUGCGAAGCGGUCGUGGGACGAACAUGGCCUGGCUCGCGUCGAUCCUUUGUCGUUCCUGUUGGGUUCUGCGGUGACGGUUCUCUGUGUGUUAAUGGAACCGGUGGCCAGGGCGCUGGUCGGGGGCGUCUUGGUGGGUGUCCUUACACUCGUGAAGUAUGCAGUUCUGAUCACGGCUAUUGGCCUGUGUGGUUACGUACUGACGGUUCAAAAACACGAGGCUCCAGCCGCUGGUCCCACGCCGAACCCUGCGGAUCGUAGCAGCCACGAAAAGGCUGUUCGAGAGCAGUUUUUACAGGGAGCCGCCCCUGUGGAGGACGAUUUCGAGGUCGUCGGAUACAACGAGCUGCAGGUACAUCCCGAACGUCCCCCCAAAGCUGUAAAGAGGGAAAGCACGUACGAGAAGUUUGUGAAACAAGCCCGCGGGUAA